GCAACAGAGAUAAACAGCAGGAAGUGGCAGGAUCAUGGCCACUAACUACAGUGCUAACCAGUAUGAAAAAGCUUUCUCACCCAAGUAUCUGCAGAACUGGUCUCCCGCCAAGCCAACAAAAGAGAGAAUUCCGCCCCAUGAAGGCUACACUCAGAUUAUUGCCAAUGACCGUGGUCAUCUGUUACCGUCGGUGCCCCGUUCCAAGGCAAGUCCUUGGGGUUCCUUCAUGGGUACCUGGGAAAUGCCUCUGAAGAUACCCCCUGCUAGGGCAACCCUGACCUCCCGAACCGUUGCUGGUGCGGCCUCCCUCACCAAAUGGAUACAGAAAAAUCCUGAUUUACUCAAGGCCUCCAACGGGCUGCGUCCUGAAAUUUUAGGCAAGCCCCAUGAUCCAGUCAGUCAGAAGGAACUCAAGAAGUCUAUCACAAAGACUGUACAGCAAGCACCAAGCCCAACCAUCAUUCCGAAUUCCCCAGAUGCAAACCUCAAUUCCGAAGAUGAACCCCAUAGCUCACACCCCUCGGCUGGUCAUACUCCGGGCCCCCAAACCCCAAACAACUCUCUUCUGAGCCCACCCAGUCCGUGUGUGUCAGAAUAUCGUGCGUGUUCUAAUCUUUCUGAGCCCCAGAAACAAAACUUGGAACUCCAGAAAGAAACAGAGUAA